GGCUCGGAGCGUACCCCUGGCCCGAGGCCUACCUUCUUCAGGUGACUCCGGUCGCAGCCCAUUGCCCGCCGGCGAAGUUCAGUUGCAGCCCCUGACGCGUCCGAGGAUCCCUCCGGGGCGGCUGCGGCAGGUCCAUGGAGAAGGGCCCGGGGCGGGUGCAGGCGAAGCCGCGGGACGCCCGGUGCAGCAAUGGGUUUCCCGAGGGGGAGCCGCCGCGGCCCAGGCCCAGCACGCCCACCGAGAAGCCGCCGCGGCCGGAGAGCAAGAGCGUCCAGCCGGCGGACGGCUGGAAGGGCGAGCGGCCCCGCAGCGAGGAGGACAACGAGCUGAACCUCCCCACCCUGGCGGCCGCCUACUCGUCCAUCCUGCGCUCGCUGGGCGAGGACCCCCAGCGGCAGGGGCUGCUCAAGACGCCCUGGAGGGCGGCCACGGCCAUGCAGUUCUUCACCAAGGGCUACCAGGAGACCAUCUCAGAUGUCCUAAACGAUGCUAUAUUUGAUGAAGAUCAUGAUGAGAUGGUGAUUGUGAAGGACAUAGACAUGUUUUCCAUGUGUGAACAUCAUCUAGUUCCAUUUGUUGGAAAGGUCCAUAUCGGUUAUCUUCCUAACAAGCAAGUUCUUGGCCUCAGCAAACUUGCUAGGAUUGUAGAAAUCUAUAGUAGAAGAUUACAAGUUCAAGAGCGCCUUACGAAACAAAUUGCUGUAGCAAUCACAGAGGCCUUGCGACCUGCUGGAGUGGGGGUAGUGGUUGAAGCGACUCAAAUAAAGAUAAUUCAUAAAGGGGUAAUUAAUCUACUUUCUUCUUGCCACCUUUUAGUGGCAACAUUCAAGCAAACUGCCAAUAGUGUAAGUCACUUGCAUAAAACCACUGCCUUUCAGGUAACCUGAGGGUGCUGGGAAGGGAGAAGAAUUCAUGUGUUUUGUUCGGAGUAUGGUAAUUUGAUUCAGAAGCACAGGAGUGUUGGGAAUGGGAGAAAACUAUGACCAAUAUAUUUAUUUUAUCCUCCCCAAGCAAAAAUGGCGUAGUGCUUAAAAUAACUUAUGUACAGAGUGCGGCAUUGCUCUGCAAAUUCAAAGUCCAACAGGCUCCACUUUAAUCAUGUUUAUUUAACUGCCAGUGACACUUUAUUUUUUAUAUAUUUAUUUUUUAACUAUCCAGUUGUAACAUAUGUCACCAAGGGAAGGUGGUGGAAUAUCUAUGUUUUUUAAUUUCACUGUGAGUUAAAAAGGCAAUUUCUACCUUCUAUUCUUUCUAAAAUUCAAGUACAGGGAAUUAGUUCCUGGAGUUGUUUACGAGUGUAUUCUCAUGUCAGUAUACAGGGAUUUAGACAUUUAACUCUCUGUGCCUUGAUGAGAAUAUCACACCAUUUAGAGUGUAGAUACCUUCGCCUUUUUUUUAAAAGCCAUUAUUUUAUAAGACUUAGUACUGACACUGCAAAUAACUAGCUCUCACAGUUCUACCUUUACACGUUUCUUGGGACCUUACUUUGUGAGUUCCUUGUAGAUGCCUCAAAACUUUUUUUUUUUAACUUAUCAAAUAUUUUUCUAAGUAUUUACAGAAACUUUUGAAAGUGUCCAUCAUUUUCAGGUCUGCAGAACCAUAGCUUCCGUGAAUAUGAGAGAAUGCAGAAUUGCACUGUGGACUGCGUUGAGCUAUGUCCCAUGUCUAAUGAAAGCUGUAUUGUUGGUGUCUGUAAAAAUGCACCGUCAUUUUCUGGAGUGAUUGGAAGCUACUGGAAGCCUGUGUUCUGGUUUCCCUUGUGGUCCACGUGGAUCUUGUCUUCUGUGUAACUGUUCAGGUGGGAUAGGUCUUUUAGUCCAGGAAGCUGCUGCCUUAUUAAUGAUUAUCUUAAAAUUUCCUCCACUGGGGCAGUGUGGGCCAAAUUAAAACAAACAAACGAAAAAAACCCCAACUCUCUGCAAAAACAAACACAAUUAUUCCAUGGAGAAGUCUCUUAUUUGGUUGACAUUGUGCUCUUCAAAUUUAUCCCGUUACCUUAGCAAGGAUUAACUACAAUGCUUGCUGUAACUCUGGUAGUCCUGUCUCUGCCACUCUGAUGCCAUUUGGCUUAUGCUAGGGCCAGAUGGCAGUUUUUUUGUUUGUUUGUUUUUUGAAUUUUAACUCUUCCCUACUUCUAGUUCCUAUAUACACUUUUUUUACUUGGAGUUUCUAAAGUAGAGUGGUGGUUGAUUCUGAGUUCCUUUUAAAAUCUAACCUGAUAUAAACAUUAUCCUGCUUAACAUUUAGAGAUAGAAUUAAACAUUCAGCUCACAUUUGGUAUUUUAAAGUUUUUACACCUGUGACUUUGAGGACCAAAGAAAUUGUUAGCUGUUAAUUCAUCUUUCUGAGAUCAAUUGUAUUCCCUUUUAAUGACUCUUUAUUCUAACAUUCCUUAGAAGUGUUCUCAUAAAGGUCUACAGUAUCCACAAUAUUGGUCUAGAGUAUUGAUAAAUGCAAAGUAAUUACCUUGUCUGUUUUACUCUGGUCUGUAGUACUUCAAAAUCACCUUUUCAUAUCCGUGGCCUUGAGUUCAUUUUGGGGAUUUUUAAGAAUUCGAUGCAUUUAAAUACACUGUUCAGUUUAAUUGUUCAAAUUGUAUGUAUAU